AGUUCUCGUUAAGUUCUCAGGGCUUUCGAACGCUUCAGUUUUGUUUUGUCGAUUGCCGGCAACGCGCGCGCUUUUUUCCACUCUCUUCGUUUAACAAUGAACUCAACUGUUGAACACAAUCGAUUAGUUUAUGGGGAACUUUAAUUAACAUUGGCAAUCAGCAUUAGGAUUAGCAAUCAUCGGAAACUAAUAACAUUUUAUGUUUUUAUAACACUGAUAAGCAUUUUUGUGUUGUGACUCAACAAAAGUUUGCGCUUCUUGUUUAUAUAAAGCUUUCAGUGCUUGAAACGCGUGUUGGCUUCGGCUCUGGGCUUCAUUAAGUGGUAGACUCGGUGGACCCGCACCCAGCGCUCCGGUUGUGUGUUGUUUGGGACACGUUGGCAACGUUGUCACAGUUAUGGAUUCACCAACACCGCCAAUUGUCAUCGACGAUUCGAACGGUUCAGCAAUGGACGCCUGCUUCACGGCAUUCGACAAGGAUGGAGAUGACCGCUUGAAUCUGGAUGAGUUUACGCUAAUCUGCCGUGCUCUGUUCCGCAACGACAAGGGCCACAUCUACGAUGUGCCACACGAACGCCUCGAGCAAAUAUUCGGUGUCUUUGAUACAAACGGGGAUGGCUUCAUCGAUAGGGAGGAGUUUAAAUUUUGUUGGAAUCAAUGGAUAAAAACGAUUGUGCGACCGGUGAACGCGUUUCUCAUUGUUGAUGUACAAAAUGAUUUUAUAAGUGGUUCCCUGGAUAUAAGUAAUUGCAGUGCACAGCAGCAAGGACAUGAGAUACUUGAGCCAAUUAACAAGCUGCUGGAUUCGAUUGACUUUGAUGCGGUCUUCUAUUCGCUCGACUGGCAUCCCAGUGAUCAUGUCUCAUUUAUUGACAAUGUCAAAAUGCGAGCCAUGGAUGAAUCAUCUGCGUUGGAUGCCGAUUCGGCCAAGGUAUUCGAUACGGUCAUCUUUGCUGGACCGCCGCCGAUGAAGCAGCGCUUGUGGCCACGCCACUGCGUCCAAGAUUCGUGGGGUGCUGAGCUCCACAAGGAUCUAAAGGUGGUGGACCAUGGCAUCAAGGUGUAUAAGGGCACCAAUCCCGAGGUGGAUUCAUAUUCUGUGUUCUGGGAUAACAAGAAGCUGUCGGAUACCACGCUGAAUGCGCAGCUCAAGAUGAAAGGCGCCACGGAUAUCUACGUGUGUGGAUUGGCCUAUGAUGUAUGUGUGGGCGCAACGGCUGUGGAUGCUCUAUCCGCUGGAUAUCGCACCAUCUUGAUAGAUGACUGUUGCCGCGGCACCGAUUUCCACGAUAUUGAGCAUACCAAGGAGAAGGUGGUGACUAGCGACGGGGUUAUUGUGCAUACCAAUGAGGUUAAGGCUAUGGCUGAAGGACGAGACCGUCGCCCAGAGCUGGGCUACAAGUUGGCCAUGGAGCUAAAGAGUCCCGAUUCGGUGCUAUCGCAACGCAAUGGCUUCAGACCAACUUACUAAAAUUUAAAGACAACACUACAAACUAUAACAAAGAGUACACAAGCUAAGCCAUCACAUGAGGUUAAUCAACUUAGUUAAAUUAUAGUGCGUUCUAAGUUAAAACACCUUAAGAAAAGUGCCUUUUAUUAAAGUAGUUGAGCUAGCUUUUGCUAAAGUUUUAAAAAUUUAUCGAAAUUUGUAAGUGCUUAGAAGAUUUUGGUAACGUGUUUAACAAUUUUUGAUCUACUUAAUACAAUCGAAUAUCAAAAGUUGACUAACAUUUUUUGUCAAUUGAUAGUGUACUUAAAUGAAAACCAGCUUAAGUAUUACCGAUACAAAAAACUCUUAAUUCUCGCACCUCAAUGACAAAUGUUGUAUGCGGCACCUGUUUCAAGAAUUACAAAAAGAAACGUUUCCCAGUUAAUAUUAUGUAGAAAACUAUGGAUUAUCUUAAGCCACAAAGACAUGAAAAGAGCUUCAAUUGUAAAAGUACUUAAAGAAAUGCCGAUGAAAAUAAAUAAAGCAAUUAUUAAAUGAAUUUACUUAAA